CAUUUGGCCAAUCGCCCUUCAAUAAGCAGCUUUUAACAGCUACUGAUCACACUGUAUGGAUGUAUCUGAAACUACACAGAAACAAACUCCUGCUGAUACAGGUGUAGAUACAGCUCAGAAUUCCAUCUCAGCUUCCAUGAUAACUUCCACCACUACCAAUCAGCAAUCUUAUAUGCCUCUUGAUAAUCAUCCCAAAACUACAUUCCACUCUCUUGGUAGGAACCAUCCUCCCACUAACACUACUGAACUCAACACUACUACCGCUCCAUCUUCUGGUGUCACAGGAAAGCCUGUCAAUGCCAACUUACAACGCCUCAUUACUGGUGCUGCUGGAAUCUCCAAACGCAAACUCAAACCGCUGCUUCCUACAAAUGGUCUUACUAUUGUUGAGCAGCAUUUUCAUCAUAUCGCAAAGGAUAAGAACCAGGUCAUUAUGGCUGUUCAUGGUAACUUGCGUCUACCACCACAAGCUAAACAUAUUUCAGAGCAUCGCAUACUCGAUCUUCUUCGUUUAGCACAGGCUCAGCAUUAUCGUCUUUGCUCAUAUGUUGAUUAUGAAACCCAAACUGCUCAUCUUCUUGCUACCAGGGCUGCUGAUCUUCAACCUCCACUUCGUUUUGUUGAUCGUAUUGAUUCCACUACUUGGCUUCAGACGCUUAACGACGAAAUCAAUACCAAUUUUGAUGUUACAAGUCAAACCAAACCGCUAUGGCGCAUUGCCAUGACUGCCCCAAAAGAGUGGCGAGGAGCGGGUAUUUCUUUUAAUGACACUUUGGUUUCCACUAAUGAAAAUUCCAAGUCUGAAACUGACGACACAAGAGCAAAAUCCGCUAGCACCAUGCCCUGUUUUGACAUUGUGUUUACAUUCCAUCACUGUAUUGGUGAUGGUUUGUCCAUGUGGGCUUUUGCACGAUCGUUUUUUGAGCUGGCUACAGCAGAUGUUUUGAAUCAGAAUACUUUGGAUCUAAAAAAUGUUUUGGUUAAUUCUGAUCCUCCACCACUAUUGGAUAAUUUAAUCAAGGCCAAUACGCUUGAAAUUAUUCCUCCUGCUGCGGGUCUCAUUCGCCAGCAUCUUCGAAAAGACAUUAAAAACAAAUUCAAAAAAUUUCAUCUCUCUGAUGAAAUCGAUCUUGGCACGCCUUCUCUUCCUAGUUCUCCCACCACUCCUUAUACGACAGAGCCCAUGUAUGCAACCGGAGUCAAAACUCCCAAUACACUAGCACCAACUAUUGAGAUUAUUCCACCUUCUACUGAAAACUCUUAUGUAGUUCUUGAAUCGACUGCAUUUUCUGAAAGCCAAUCUCAACUGAUACAUGCUCCGUGCUAUUCAACUGUCCUUUCCACCACCCCGCGUACAAUUCUAAGACUUACCAUGUUUAGUGCCGAGUUUUCCAAAGACCUUCGUGCAGCAGUCAAAAAGAACAAAACAACUGUUGCGUCAGCAAUGAUUGUUGCUGCACUAGCAUCUACGCGAGCAGUGUAUGCUAAGCAGUCUAAAUAUCUUGGACUACCUCUUCCGACACAUCAAGGAUGGGUUGUGACCACAUCGAUGCGACACUUGAUUCCUGGAUCACAGCUGUUGAAUGGAGUGGACAAGAAAGCUGACCCAUCUACUCGAGUUUUUGGUGGAUAUGGUGGUUCCAUUUCUGAUCCAUCCAUGCGGCUUACGCCCAAAGAUGAUCUUUGGGAUCGCAGUCGACGCGUCAAGAAGCGUAUUGGAUCUGGACUGUUUACCUCUAUGCGGCGAAUGAAGCUGACAAACUGGUGUUUUCGACACCCAAAGGUUUGGAAUUUUUUGUCCAAAAAAGCUGAUCUGGCCAAACUCACUCGAACUAUGUCGGUGGAAAUGGCAAAUUUGGGGGCAUGGGACUAUGACUGUGCACCCCCUGAUGCAAAGCAAGAAGAUGAACGGUUUAGACUGAACCGAUUUGGUGGGACGUUGAAUUCGUCGUUUGAAGGGUCAAGAGCAUUGUUUUCGCUUGGAGUGAUUACAAUUGGAAAUGAUAUGAGUGUUACUGUUGGAUGUGAUCAGGCCGCAGUUUCUGAUGCUGAAUCAGAAUGUUUUGUGAAUCACUUUAAUACUUGUUUGGAUGUGAUGCGAAAAAGUACUGGCAAGUUAACCCUAGCAGACUUGGAGAAACAAAUGUCAAAAUGAAUGAUUCUUAUUAAUAAAAUAAACAACGGCUGUAUUUCAGCAAGUG